AGGCAAUUGGGCAGUGCUGAAGACCCAGCCUGGCUCCAGCUGCUUCAAAAGGACUCCAGACCCCCAGAAUCCCAGCCCACAACCCUCUGCUGCCCACAAGAUGGGAGCCUGGGGGCUGCGAGCCCAGCCAUGAGGGACUGCUGCCCCUCCCAGCAAAAGGCCAGCCCUGCAACCCCCAGGCACACCCCUGCCCAAAGCCCAGGCAUGGACUCCAGACACAGCAACUCCAGUGGGGCUGGGGAAGUGGCCUCCUGCUCUGAGGGCCCUGGCGGGAGCGUGGCCUACCCCUCCCUGACCUGCAUCCCUCCCCAGGAGGCAGCCACCAAGGAGACAUUAGGGACACGUGGAGCCUUGAUCUCAGGGACACCAGAAACCACCUUCUCUGGGAAGCCAGAGCCUGUGUCCUCAGUGAAAACUGACCCUUCAUCCUUGGAGAACAGAAAUCCUAUGUUCUUAGAGAAGAUGGACAGCAAGUCUUCAAAGCAGGCAGAUUCCAUUUCCACAGGAAAGGAAGAUGUUGGGUCCUUGAGGAAGGCAGAUCCUAUGUUUACAGGAAAGACAGAGCCUCCAAUCUUGGGGAAAGGGGAUCCUGUGGCUUCUGGAAGGAUGGAUCCUUUGACCCCAAGAAAGGAAGAUCCUGGAUCCUUGGAAAAGUCAGAUCCUGAGAGCUCUAGCAAGAUGGAGACAAUGUCCCCAUGGAAGGAGGAUCCUGUAUCCUCGGGCAAAGUGGAUCCUGCAUUCCCAGGAAAGGAGGAGGCCAGGCAUUUGGGGAAAGAGCUUACAGUAUCCUCAGAAGAGGUGGUGGGUCCUCCAUCUGUGGGAAAGACAGAUCUUGUAUCCUUGGGAAAGAGAGAUCCUGAGCUCUCGGGAAAGGUGGAUCCCGUGUCCUUGGAAAACAUGGAUUCUGCAUCUGUAGGAAAAACAGAUCUCGGGUCCCUGGGAAUGCUGACUCCAGGGUCAUCAGGCAAAAUUAAGACUGUAUCCCCUGGAACGGUGGCUCUGGGGUCGUCAGGAAGAGCAGAUCCUACUUGCUUUGAGACAACAGAUCCUGCAUUCACAGGAAAUGCAGAAAUUGUGUCCUCGGCAAAAGAGGACCCUCAGUUCCUGGGAAAGGUGGAUCCUGCCGCCUCAGGAAAGCAAGAUCUAGUGUCUAUGAAAAUGACAAAAACUAUGUCUGCUGGACAGGUGGAUCCCGUGUUUUCGGGAAAGAUGGAUCCCACAUCUUUGGAAAAUAUGGAUACUAUGUCUUCAGGCAAGGUGGGUCCAGUUUCUUUGGGAAAGGUGGAUCCUGUGUCCUCAGGAAAGCCAGACCCCUUGUCUCCUGGGAAGACAGAACUGAUGUUGGUGGGAAAAACAGAAACCGCAUCCUCGGGAAAGGAGAACCCAGUGUCCUCCAGGAAGGUGGAUCCCAUUUCCGUGGGAGAUACAAAAACAUCAUCUGGAAAAGUGAACCCUGAAUCUUCAGGAAAGACAGCCCCUGUGUCCUCAGGUCCAGUGGGUCCUCCAUCCUCUGUGAAAGCCGAGGCAGUGACUGGGGAAAAAGCAGAUCCACUAUCUUUGGAAAAGUCAGAUCCUGUGGUCUCAGUAAAGGUGGGCUCCACAGCCUCAGAGAAGGCUGAUACCCCAGCCUUGGGCAAAGUGGACCCUGUGAGCAAGGAAAAGGCAGAAAUUGUUUCCGCUGGAGACAUGGACUCCAUAUCUGCAGGAAAGGUGGCCCCCGCGGCCCUAGGAAAAGCAGUCCCAGCAUCCAUGGGAGAAGCAGAAGCUGUCCCAGAGGGAAAGGUGGAUCCCCUGCCUCCGGAGAAAGGCAAUCCUGUGAACUCUACGAAGGUGGAUCCCAGGGCCUUGGGGAAAGCAGAACUGAAGUCUGAGGGCAAAGCAGAAACAAAGCCCCCUGCGCAGGAGGGUACUGUGUCCACGUCCCCAGGAAAAGCAGAGGCUAAAUCUUUGCAGAACGAGAAGCCACUGACCUUGGAGAAGGGGGGUCCCGUAUCGUCAGGAAAAGCAAGCCCUACUGCCUCUGAGAAGGUGGAACCUGUAGCCCUAGGGAAGACCGACUCUGCACCUCCGAUUAAAGCAGAGCCCCCAUCCUCGGGGAAAGGGACCCACCUCACUCUGGGGAAAGCGGAGGCCUCCUCCUCCAGGCAGGCAGAUGGCAAACUCUGCGGCUCAGUUCCAUCUCCCGCGGAUGGCGGGGGCCACGUGGAGCCAGCGCCACUGCCCAGCUCCGAGGCCUCCAGUCUCGGCCAGAAGGACCCGACGGUGGUUAAGCCCGAGAGAAGCCCGGGUCUGGAGGCUGCAGCGCCCCCGCCGGGACCGCGAACUCGCGACAACUUCACUAAGGCGCCGUCGUGGGAGGCGAGCGCCCCGCCGCCGCCGCCGCCGCCGCGCGAGGACGCGGGCACGCAGGCGGGCGCGCAGGCCUGCGUCUCGGUGGCCGUGAGCCCCAUGUCUCCGCAGGACGGCGCGGGCGGCCCGGCCUUCAGCUUCCAGGGGGCGCCGCGCGCGCCCAGCCCCGCGCCCGUGCCGCCCUCGCGCCGGGACGCCGGCCUGCAGGUGUCGCUGGGCGCCGCCGAGACGCGCUCCGUGGCCACCGGGCCCAUGACGCCGCAAGCCGCCGCGCCGCCCGCUUUCCCCGAAGUGCGGGUUCGGCCCGGCUCCGCGCUGGCGGCCGCCGUGGCGCCCCCGGAAGCGUCCGAGCCCGUGCGCGACGUGAGCUGGGACGAAAAGGGCAUGACGUGGGAGGUGUACGGCGCCUCCAUGGAGGUGGAGGUGCUGGGCAUGGCCAUCCAGAAGCAUCUGGAACGACAGAUCGAGGAGCACGGCCGCCAAGGGGCGCCGGCACCACCGCCUGCCGCCCGCCCGGGCUCGGGCCCGGGCCGAGCGGGCUCCGUGCGCGCCGCGCCCCCCGAGGGCGGCGCCAAGCGCCCGCCGGGCCUCUUCCGCGCGCUGCUGCAGAGUGUGCGCCGGCCGCGGUGCUGCUCGCGGGCCGGACCCACGGCCGAGUGAUCUGCCCCCCUUUUGUACGCCCGGGUUUCCAACCUUCUCAGGCUCCCUUCUUGACCCCAGGCCCCUGGAAGGGAUCCCCUCGACGCACGACA